GUCUCAGAUGUGCAGCUGGUGACUGGAACCACACAGCUAAGGACAGCUGGGACACAUCCAAACGUGGCUGCAGGAAGAUUCCUUGCCUGCACACCUGGAGAGCAGUAAGAAAAACCUUGUCAAAAUCCAAUGGAUUGGAAUGAGAUCUCAGAGGACAUUAGGAAAGUGGAAUGUCGUACUUUUGAAAAAGUCAUUGAUAACGCCACGGAAGAUUUAAUAACAGAUCUGAGGAGCCUUAUAACUGAAGAUGGAGCCUGGAAUGGAUUUGUGGAAGCAGUAGAGUUGUCAAGCGAGGAGGGAGAAGCACUUCGUGAUGCUCUGAAGGAACGUUUAGCACAGGAUCCCACAGAUGAAAAUGACAGACCUCAAAGGGAACAGCAGAAAGAGCGGUUUCUGCGAGAGUUUCCUCAGUUGAAGAAGAAACUUGAGGACCACAUUAGGAAGCUCCGAGACCUGGCUGACAAAUUUGACCAGGUGCACAAGGACUGCACCAUCUCUAAUGUGGUGUCCACUUCUGCUAGUGCUGCCUCCGGAGUCCUGGCCCUCCUUGGUUUGGUUCUGUCAACCGUUACAGCAGGGGCCAGUCUGGCACUCUCAGCAUCCUCUGUGGCUCUGGGAGCAACAUCAUCUGUGAGUAGUUUUACGACCACCGUUGUGGAAGAUUCAAUGACACUGUCAUAUGAAUCUGAAGCCAGAAACCUGAUUGGAGCCAGCAUGAAUGUUCUUGAAGAGAUCUUAAGUAUCAUGCCCAAGAUCACAUGCAAGUUUUAUAAUACAGUUGCAGAUUUAGUCAAAGCCUUUAAAACCCUCAAGGGUCAGAUCCAAACCAUCAGGAGAGCCAGGUCCAUCUCUCGCAGGGGAGCACAGGCCAGGAACCUCACAUCCACUGGAAGAAGCUCUGGGCAGGGUGUCUCCCAGAUGACCAGAGGGGCCAGGAUUAGAGCAGGAGUGUUUACAAGUGUGUUCCUUGGAUGGGAUGUGUAUGACCUUGUGACCAAGCAACGGAUCUGCAUGAUGGGGGAGAAACAGAGUCAGGUGGAGCACUGCGGGACCUGGCUCGCAAGCUGGAGGAGAACCUUCAGAAAUUUGAGCAGAAGUACAAUGCUCUGCAGUCAGACCUGCCUCAGUGACGCCCUCCCCUAAGCAGCUUAGGGUUCAGAGGACAUGAUGCUUAUAGGGGUGGGGAAACUUUUUUUUUUAACAUUAAUGUCAGAAAUAUUUAUUUUCUUGAAGAUCACACAAAGGUUGGUAGGAAGGGAGAAGGUAAAGUGUCUUCCAUGAAACCUGGGUUAAGGGCAGAGCAGCCUAAAGAAAUGGUGACUGGAGCAUACCCGAGGGACACCGGGACUGGAGAUGGUAGCCCAGGAUUGUACAGCGUCACACACCCAUGCAACAACAUGUUAUAAAAAGGGAAACAGCCUGAGGUCAAGUCCAUGGAAAAGAUUGUUGGAAGUCUGAAUUUCUCUGGCUCAGCAGAGUGAGGUCAAUGUAGAAGGCCGGAGAUCCCAGGAGAAGAGGAACCUGGAGUCUAAAGGGGAUCCGACUUCCGGCAGAGUGGAGACUGCAGACAAGUCAGCACCCAUCACUCUAACAACACCCUGCUGCAUCUGAACAUCUGUGGGGUCUCCUCGAGGUCUUGUGCUGGACUUGCUAAUGCUUAGCUGUCUGAGAAAUGAUAUUGCUUUAGUGGGUUUGCUUUGCUGUACUUUUUUCAUAGAUUUUUUUGGGGGGGGUAGUGGGGGUACAGGAGCAGCUUCAAAUUAGGAAAGCAUAAAGUACUUUUUAUAAGUUCUUUUUUAUUGGCUUUAUCAUUUGCUGGCCUGGAAUUUCUAGGUAGACCAGAAACGUGUGAUGGUCUUCUUAACUGAUGCUGGUUCCAUGGUAGUGAUGUUUUAUUGACUAUAGUAUAGAGUUCAUUGCUUGUGCUAAACAACAUCUGUGUGUGUUGAUAAGUGUUUAGUGUGCCAUACAUUUGAAAUCAUAUAGUAAGCUGCCUUUCAGAUUGGCUUUUAGCUAGUAAUAUGCCUAUGAGAAUUAAAAAUAAAUAAAUAAAAAGU